GUGGUUGGUGUUGUGCUGGCCAGCAUCAGCAACGGUCUUUAGGGUGUGUGUGCUGUUACUACCUUUCUUCUCUUCCCCAUCGCCCUUUCGGCUGAUGUUCACUCACUUAGAAUGGCCAAUUAACGUGCGUGUUAAAAAAAACGCUCCUCAAAAAGAUUCUAAGCCAGUAAAAGGAAAACAAAAAGUAAAAGGUUUCCCACAAUCAACCAUCACCCAUCGGCGGGCAUCAGCUGAAGCGCGCGCGCCAGACCAGAGACUCGAAUUAAAACAUCUUCCCAAAUUCUGCGAAUCGAAUCGUUUUCCUGCGGGCCGGUGGACGCAAGACACGCAUGCGAGGGAGAGCUGUUCGCUGUUGGAAUGCGCCAGAAAUAAACCUCAUUCCCGUGGCCGUGGCUCGUGAUAAAAGUGUGGCAUCUCAAAGUUUUCACGUUUUUCCGCGUGUCGGUUGCUAGGUGACGACGGUUCGCGUGCGUGUGUGUGUGUUUAGUUUCUUUUUUUCUUUGUCUUCAACCGCGCGUGCAAGUCACCGAAUUUCCGCCUCAUUUCACAAUCUCCGGCUAGCAGGGCGGAGGGCGCCUCGCGUCUGACUUCAUAUGGGAAUGGGAGAUAUUUGAUAUCGCGCCGGUUUCUUGGGGUGGGGGGAAGAUGUAGAUGGCGACAGGUGGUCGUUUGGCGUCAUCGCGAUCGUCGCGAUCUUUGACGCCACGUGCACUGUACAAGUCGAGGAGUCGGGGAGGGUUAAAUGAUUGAUUUUCGUCACCGUACGUCACCGUACAGGGGCGGUCGAUUCUCGAUCAAGUUUACGCUCGGAUUGGGAAAUCUCGUGAAGAACAAGAAGAAGAAGAAGAAAUCAAUCCGCUACUGUGGUAAAAGGGAGGAAUCUCACGACGACGACUCUCGGGCGCAGUUUUGGCAUACGAUCGCGCAUUCCAUUGAGGUUAUGAAUAAGGUUCGAAUACGAUUGCUAUUUUUACCCCAUGCCUUAGCAGUGCCGGUACACAUUCACACAGAACAUCACACAACCGUGCACAUCGUGGUGGCGGUGCACUGCUCUCUGUGGCGCAAAACCAACCCAAACGAGCAAGGGCUUCGAACUUGUACUUGAACUUUUCCGAAUUGCGAUCGUUUUCGGGAAGGAUGUUUUGGCCCUGCACGGACGUGUGUGUGGACAGAUUUAUCUUGCACCAUUAAUUAGAGCUGCUGCGUGGCGAAUGGGGGCUACAAGUUCAAGGGACCAGCGCAUGACAGACGAGCGCGAGCGCGAGGACGCCGUGUUUCUGCUGGACGCGAAUGAUUGAUUUUUCCUGUUUUUUGUGAAAGGUUUUUCUUUGUGUUACAUAAGAACGGGACUCGAAAAUGUGUCUUAGAUUGAGAAAAGAGAAACACUGACCGUGUACGACCGUUGGCAAUGAAAAAAACCCCCCUGAAGAUGAACCAUUGGGGAGGAGGGACCUGUUUAUUUAUAGACGACGGACCACAGCCCCGAAAGCAAGAAGGAAAUGGUCAACAUACUUCGACGAGAUGUUGUUUCUAAACAUGCAAAAGCAUAAUUAAUUUUCCUUGCGUGUGGCGUAUGUGACGGUGUGGCGGUCGGAAUGUCAAGGACAUGGUUUGGAGUCAACAUGGUAAGACGCGCGGUUUCGAAAACUCCCCUCAAAGAAAGGGUCAAAAAGGUUAAGCAAACAUGGUGGAAACAAAAACUCGAUCGUCAAUGUUUAGUGGAUCUGUUCAAGUGUGUGCAGGGAAGGGAAAAAGGCCUUAUUAUGCGUCCAUAAUCAGUGCGUGUUGGAAGAGAGAGAGGGAGAGAGAGUGGAGAGACAAGAGCUGCUUGCAUAAUGGACACAACUGACCGCGCGCGCAUGUGUGUGUGUACUAAAAGCGGGAGCUUUCUCGCUCAUCGAUCGCGAGGGUACCAAUCAUCAGACAGAGGGGGAGGGCUCUGAUUGACGGAAGCAGCAGUAGCACCAACAACGCUGAUAACAUAAUGCACAACCCGCAUUUCCGCAUUAUGCGCUGGCUGGCUGGCUGACUGUUGUUGUCUGAUUGCAGCUCGAUGUCGUUUUAGUGCUUUUCGGGUGGCUUUAAUUUGGUUUUGUUGCGUUGCGUUGCGUUAGUACGGCACUACAAGGGGUGCAAGAUCGAGCAAUGAAGCGUAGUGAUCGUUGAAGCUGUUGCUCCCUCUCUCUGUAGGAGCUCUUUUGAGGGAGCAAAAAAUACAUAAAAAUACGUAUAAUCAGCAUUGCAUACGUAACGUAAUUGAAUGCUCCCCUUUUUUUACUUUGCUUCUUACAAUUUCCUCUUUUUUACAUUAAAAGCCCUCAGGCAAAGUCAGCAGUCAGCACACUCACUCUUGUUUUCGUAACGCAGAGGCAGCGACGAGGGCGCUUGCUUUCUUUUGAACCAACGUUUUUUUUCGGUACAUUAUCAAUAUUAAUGUUCAUUUAUCAUCAAACAAACAAACUUCCCAGUUCGAACCAAAACACGCAGCAACAAAAAACUGCCGCGACGUUGACGUGAAAGCGAACGGAAAACAGUUUUCUAUUUUUCGGACGCUGUGCUUUUUUGCUGUCACUUAUCGUGGAUGUGUGGAAGAUAAAAAAAACACAGAGGCCCAACACCCUUAAUGAAACAGAUGCAAUGUUGAGCCGGUGUUGAGACGGUCCCCAUCUCUCACAAUUACCGCCAAGCGCCGUUAAAAAGGGUGAUCACUUCCGUGUUUAUUUUAACAAAUGAAAAACGUUUUGCGAGACUUGUGCCGACUUGUGCCUUGUUGCUGCCAUUUUUGGGGUUGACCAAGCCUUUUCUUUCUGGUGAAAAUUGGCUGUCAUUUUGUGUGCCAGCGAGCAAACCAAACAAACAAAAAAAGACGGGUGAAAGUUUGUGGCGGCACCCGCGGUCAAUUAGGCGCACCCGCGCGGCAGUAGGUUGUGGUGUGCGUGCUAAUUUCCAAACACACGUUCCAGGCAAAUUCCCUGCCAGUUUCCUACUCAGUUUGUUGUGCUCCCAAGUGCAGCAAAUGUUCAACUAUUCUAGAACACAACGGCUUUUAACUCACAGCUGCUACAACGUUUUGUGUUUCCUUUGUAUGAGCCUCCCGCUUACGGUUUAGCAGGCCAGCAAACAAGCCUUGGCUCGUGUACUUCGCCUUAGAAUUCGAGUUCGAGUCACGCGAUCGAAAACCACCUACCAGCUGCAGCUUUGUUGCCGCGGACAUGUGUUUGCCAUUUGCAGUCGAGUGGCACUUCAGGUCAGCUCAAUCCACCAACAACACCGCGCUCCGAGGCGUUAUGUCCAAUUAAGGUGCAAAGUGCCCCCCCCCCCGCUGCACUGGCAGACCGGUUUCCGGUUUUUGUGUGAGCGCUCUUUGGAUUGGGAAUGGGCCGCGAGCUGAUAAGAUAUCGACCGAGAGAAAAAAGGCACCAUCUAACAAUCAAGACUGCGCGAUAAUUUAUCACACUCCGGACCGGAGAAGGAUGAUGGUUUCGGACGAAAUUUCUCUCCCUUGACGCCGUAACAAAAGAAAAUCCACUGAAAAGCAAAGCAAAAAACACAACUCCUCCCGUUGCUUGUAACAUUUGACUUUCCGCCUGCCCCCCUUGGCAGGUCUUUGGUGUUUGUGUCUUGCGUUCUCCGCGAAAGCGAAAGGCAAAAUUUGCAAACAGUCAGCGGCCACGGCGGCGGGUUGAUUAGAUUAAUUAAGGAACAGCGGGAAAGGCAAUACAAUAAACUCUCCUACUGGCAGCUGAAGGGGAAGGGGGCACCGGUGCUUUCUACAAAGGCCGUGGCACCCAUCUGUUCACGCCACGGGUUUUCAGUUUGGAGCGAUCAUCUUCGCUGGGUGUAGUGGGGUGAAAGCGAACGAGACACCACGUGUGUGUGUGUGUGUGCAUCGAUCAUCUUUUCUUAUUUGGUAUGUGCUAAUCGAAUCAUUAAGCUUCAAUGAGGGGCCACUCCGGUACGGCCAGCCAGGGAGCCCUCUCAUGGGAGCCCAAAUGACCCACAAUCGAAAGUGAUGGGAAGGGCCGUUCGGUGCGUUACUUUGCCGCUUUCCAGGCUUGAAGUUCUCUGAAGGCGCCGAGGUACCGUAAAGCUCUGGCCAUAACAUACAGUCAUCUCAAUUGGAUUCCGCUCCGAGUGCUUGAGUGCGGCAGCCAUCAUGAUGAGUGAUGAUCAUGAUGAAUGGGCACGAAAUAACACUCACCGGGUAGAGCAACACAUACACGCGCGCGUGUGGUCUGCCGUUGAAUGCGAAGAAGCCUAACGAUUGGGCCUGCCCAUGUGUGUCUGUUGGAACAUAUCUCCAAAUUAAGUCUUAUUCUUGCUGCUGGCACAUUGCUAUUAAUUCUAUCGUUAAGCCCAUCGCCCAACAAAACAUGCUCCUGUGUGGUUAGUGGUUUUGUUUCCCAUAGGCUUCUACUUUAUCGGCUCCCACUUUCAUAUCAACGCAGCAGCUCGUAUAGGCACCCUUCUGUGUGCACGAAAACGAAAUCGAAAGUUCAACUCACGUGAGGCCCUCAAUCAUCAAAAUGAUGCCCCCCCCCCACCCCUUCUGCGGUGGCGGGGAGGAGUGUAGCAAAGGCGAUCGUAGGCGAUCGCAGCAAGAGAUGAUUUUUCUUUCCACACUUUCCCCCACGCCACACUGUGGCUGUGGGUAUAGGUACGAGACCAGCGGGAUGGAAAACGAAAAAUUGUAAAACAGCUGGGCCCUUGGCGCAUUAGAGAACACAUUACACUCAUCAACACUCAUCGCUGUCUGGGAAAAUGUGCCCUUUUUUUGUUGCUGUCGGCGCCACACAUCAAACGGUUGUGAUAUGUGUGAAUGCUGCAAAAAAAGGCAGUCUGCUGAGAGUGAAACGCCACCAAGUAGAUCACUUUCGAUGUGUUACGCUGUUAGAGGUGUAACGGGAGGGAUAGGAUGAUAUCAGCACUCACUGUCACUGGGCGUACACCGGAGUGUCGUCAUAGGCUACUAGUGAUCAAGGGUUUAUGAGAAGCACGCCGAUCGGUUCCCAUGGCUUCAAAACAAAGCGUUUAUCACUAUGAAGUUGCGAGGCCUGCUUAGUGGCAUAAUAAAUGGAGCAUUAUCUUCUUGCGUUCACUUUCACCCGCAAGAUGACACCCUCCAUUUGAUUGCGUAAAACAGUCUCAAUCCAGCUUCGUAUUCAUUCUUGUGCUUGUGGAAAUUUGGAGCACACUGGGUUUCGAGCAAAAAGCGAUCGUGAUGAUGAGGCUGCACCACAGCUCUACGGGUCAAGCGAAACGUGCCUGCACGCAGGCUUUUUGCCCCUUAGUAAUGCCCCACUUCCGGUUGCCUCGGCGGUUUGGCCAUUGCGGCAAAUAUUUGCAGCCCCAUCCGUUCGACUGACCCCGAAACGGAAAACCGAUCAAUAAAAACCGCCCGCACCGGCCCUAGAACCAUCAGUGUACGGCGCUCCGAUCAGUCGAGCGGUACAGAGUUCUCUUCUUCCGAUUGUGGCCCUCCACGUUGAAGAAGUUAUUGCAAUAACAACAACAAAAAGCCCUUUAAAACGCAAGGCUCAACCGUUGAGUUUCUACAUAGACCUGAGAAGCGCGCAACGUUCAGUGUGGGCAAAUCCGCGUGGCAAGAUGGGUGGCAUUGUAUCGCGCGUGUUCCGCGGUGCUCCCGAGCAUUCCAACUGUCAAAAGUGUCAGCGUAGCUGCUGCAUCUGUCUCGACACGGGGCUGGAGCUGACGCAGCGCCGGCUGUUGCGGCUGGAGGAACGGGAACGGCGGCGCAGCCGGGCCGGAAGCAUCGCAAGCCGCCGGUUUCUGAGCGACGUGGAGCUGGAGGAGGAGGAGGAAGAGCUGGAGCUGGAAGAAGUGCUGCCGAGAACGCGUCCUGCCUCGCGCCGCUCUCUACGCAGACCGGCCGCGCAACGGCCCAGACGCCCGGCACAGCCAGAACCGGAGGAGGAAGAGGAACCGGCAGAGGAGGAAGAGGAGCAACCGGCACCACAGCCAAGACAGCGACCGCGCGCACGGACCACCACGGUACGACGUCAGGCCCCGGCACGCCGUCCCAGACGCGCUCAACCUCAGCAGGAAGUGGAGCCGGAGGAGGAAGAGGAGGAGGAGGAGCCAGAACCGGCGCCAGCACCACGCCCUGCUCGGACCCCACAGCGUGCUCAGCAGCCACGUCAGCGUGCACAGCCACGUCGUGCGCAACGCCAACCACAACCUCAAGCAGAGCCCGAAGAGGAGGACAACGGCGAGGAGGAGGAGGAAGAACAGCAGCAGCCGCCACGACGAGCGCGUCCGCAGGCACCACAGCCUCCAAGACGCCAGCAACCGGCAGCCCGCCGUCGUAACAAUCCACCAGAGCAGGAAGAACCAGAAGAGGAGGAAGAUCCCGCUCCGGAAGAGGAUCAGGCACCAGCACGCCGUCGUCUGCGUACCCAGCGAACCCGUACCCAGCAGCAACGUCGUCGUACGCAACGGCCUGCAGAAGAGGACCUGAGCACCGGCACGGAAGAGCUGGAAGAGCUGGAAGAGGAGUUGGGCCGUGAGGCAAGAUUGCGUCGUCUCGAGCGUCGUCUGCUGCUCGAGGAGGACCACCUCCGAGGGCGUAUACUGCGUGAGGAUGAGCUCCGUCGUCAGCGAUCGUGCCGGCGACGGCAUCAGCAGCAGAAGCAGCAGUACCAGCUGUCACUCGAUCGUCGCCAGCAGCGUGAGCCCGAGCCGGAAGUGGUGCGUGGCCCGAACGUGCGCCGUCUGGUCGCUUGUUACGAGCUGAAGCGUAGCGACAUCAGCGAAACCGACGCCCAGUCCCUGCAGAAUCUGUUCACCCAAGUGGAUGACCAUCCGAUGCGCCACUGCACCGGUGCCCGUUCGCCCGAUCGUUGCUGACUCUCCACUGUCGUCGAAGGUGGCCCUAUUUAACCAGACUGCCCAGAGCCACCGGGAAUCGCAACUCUCCAAUCCGUUCUCCGAUGCACAGGCGUCACGCGGCAUGGCCAGGCU